UCCUGAAGCAACAUGUCCUCCAUCCCAGAAUCUCCAAAGGACUUCACUCACAGAAGCUUCCACAGAAGCCUGAGUUUCUCCACGCAGGGCCCGUCACUCAGCCCAAGCGUGAGGGGCAUGCCGCCCCUCCGGGCUGCACCCAGCGUCCAUGGGGGAGCUGGAGGCUACGGCACCCGCAUCUCCACCUCCAGAAGCACAGCGAGCUCUCGCAGCAGCCCCACCAGCGUCGGGGACCUGCUUAAUGGCAAUGAGAAGACGACUAUGCAGAACCUCAAUGACCGUCUAGCGAGCUACCUGGAGAAGGUGCGGAUCCUGGACCAGUCCAACUCCAGACUGGAGGCGCAGAUCAAGCAGUGGUACGAGACCAAGGCACCCAGCAGUGGUCGGGACUACAGCGCGUAUUACAAACAAAUCCAAGAGCUGCAAAGUCAGAUUAAGGAUGCUCAGCUUCAAAAUGCUCGAUGUGUCCUGCAAAUUGACAAUACUAAGCUGAUUUUCGAGGACUUCAGACUGAAGUAUGAGACUGAGAGGGCCAUGCACCUGACACUGAAAGCCGACCUCCAAGGCCUGAGUAAGGUCUUUGAUGAUCUAACCCUCCACAAGACAGACUUGGAACUUCAAAUUGAGGAACUGAAUAGAGACCUGGCUGUCCUCAAAAAAGAGCACACGGAGGAAGUGGAUGGCCUGCACAGGCAUCUGGGCAACACCGUCAACGUAGAGGUGGACGUUGCUCCGGGCCUGAACCUCAGUGCUGUCAUGAAUGAAAUGAGGCAGAAAUAUGAAGACAUGGCCCAGGAGUACAUUCAGAAGGCCAGAGAACGAUAUGAGAUGCAGAUUGAAGCUCUGCAACAAGAAGUCACAGUGAACACAGGAGAGUUAAAAGAAGCUGGGGCUCAACUAAAGAAGCUGAGGGACACCUCCCAGAGCCUAGAGCUCGAGCUCCAGUCCUACUUCAGUGUGAAAGCGUCUAUGGAACACACACUAGAGGAGACCAAAGCUGCUUACAGCAGCCAGCUGGCCAACCUCCAGGCCAGGCUGAACACUGUAGAGGAUGAACUGAUGCAGGUUCGGGGAGACGCCGAACGCCAGAAGGCUGAAUACCUUACUCUUCUUGACGUAAAGAUCAGGCUUGAGCAGGAGAUUGCUACUUACCGCCGCCUUCUGGAAGGAGAAGUAAAUACUAUAGAAUAUCAGUUGGACACCCUGGAAGAGAAAGAUAUAAAGAAAACCAGGAAGAUUAAGACAGUCGUGCAAGUACAAGAAGUCGUGGAUGGCAAGGUUGUGUCAUCUACAGUCAAAGAAAUAAAUGAGAUGGAAGAAAACAUAUAAAGACUCACCAGAAGGUGAUGCUGCUGAGGUUAGGAAAGAAGAGUGGCCAUAAUUUUUGAACGCUAUAAGAAAGUAGCCAUCAGAAAGCACUAUGAAUACUUUGCAGCGUUUAGAAGGGGUAAAGCCUAUUUCUCAGACUCUGCAAUGGAAUAUAAAUGUUGUACUCAAGGAGAUGAAAAUUGCCUGCAAAAAUGAAAUAUACCAAGCGUUAGACUAUUUAAAACACCAUUACUGUCAUCUUUAUCACGAAGCACAUUAAUUACAAGCUGUAGGCUACCUAGUAUCAAUUUGUAGGUAAUGUUCCUGAAAAUUGCAGCACAUGUCAAUUAUACUAAACUUCACAUAGCAGAGGAGUCAAUGCAAAUAGCAAAGAAACCUCUCUCUAUUCAUUUUUCCUGCUUUUAAAUUGUAAAACUCCUCCAUGGGAGCCCCUGGAUUCUUAAUCGGGCCAACAUCUUGGUUAAUCUCACUGAAUGUCCAAUAUUAGUGUGAUUCUGCUGUCUCUGAGUAUCUGCUUUUUUCUGUUGUUCCUUGUUCCUCCUGCGUGAUUAAAACUCAACUCAGCUCUGAAUAAUUUGAGAGUCAAAUCCCAAUUGCAAAUGCUGAGCAGAAUAAGAAUGAAAGUACACUGUGCUUGAAGUGGGAGUAGAUUAAAAAGAAACUUCGAGAAACCCCUCUCAAGGCAGAAUGUGUCUCCUUUUGAUGAUAAUUGGUAUAAACCAUCACGUUCUUUAUGUGGUAAACUUCUCUGAUGAAAUGUCACUUACCAGUUUUUAAUAACAACUUUAUUGAGGGAGCAUUCAUACACCCUGCAAUUCACCCUUACAGUGUGUACAAAUUCAGAGGUCUUCAAUAUGUUUACAAAGUUGUGCAACCCUCACCAUUAUCUGAUUUUAGAAUGUUCCACCACCCCAAAAAGAAACUUCCUAACAAUCAGCAGUCACUCCCAUUCUCCCUCCCCUCAGUCCCUGACAAGCCCCAAUCUACUUCCUCUGUAUGGAUUUGCCUGUUCCAGACAUUUCAUACAAAUUGAGUCAUUACCAUGUGCUCUUUUGCACACAAAUAUUCACA